AUGGCCCGUAUGAAACAUGGGGUUUUCUCCUGGGAGGAUGUGCUGCUUCAGCGGUACCAGAGCAACAAACCCCCUCCACUUCCCCGCCGCCAAACAAUAGCAUUCUCCUCACCCCAGCUCCAAAGCCGACUCCUCGCCCGGCUAUCACCGGAGCUCCGCCUAAUGAUCUGGGGAUUUGUCCUAGCAGACCAAAGAAUCCACAUAAUCCAAUGCAGCAGGCAGCGCCUCGGACACGUGGUAUGUCCAUGUGCGCUCGAGCCAAAAAGGUCUUCAUCGCCAAAACGCCAUACACGCCAGAACCGCAAUUUAUUCUGCGAGAUCUGCCAUGGCACGGGCAUCUCCCAGCCGGCGAAAGAGGCCGAUCUCCUCCGCUGGAAUAAGGUUAAGCUACUGGGUCUGGCGUUGACUUGUCGGCAGAUAUACCACGAAUCAAUCCCUCUCCUCUACACCCUCCCAACCCUAGAAUUCAGUAACCCUUGGACCCUCCCAUACCUCCUCCCAACGAUCCCACCCGAACACCGGGACCGCAUACGCGCCAUUGAGCUGCGCUGGUCCUUCCCAGGUCACUGGCUACCGAGCAAAGACUCCGUGCGCGCAGUGUACGUGUCCGCCGGACGGACGCAGUGGACAGAGACGUGUCGGGCGGUAUCGCAGCUGGGGUCACUGCGGUCAUUUGUGCUCGUUCUGGAGAGCAAUUGGUUCAGCGAGCCUGUUGAGAAAUUGGUGGGGUUUUUGGAGCCCCUGAGAGGGGUGGUUGUUCGGUCUGUUUCGAGACGGGGUUGGGAUUGGGAUUGUGGCAAGAGGGAUGAUAUGGAUGUGGAUCUUUAUGUGGACCUUGAUAGGGAUGGGGGUCGGUUUCGGAGGGAGAUUGGGAGUGAUGGGUUCAGUUCGGAUGAGGACUCUUGUAAGAGUUUAAGGUCUGAUUCUGGUUCGUUUUCUUCUGUUGGGGUUUGUGAUUCGACGGCUACGGCUACGGCCUCGGGAUCUGGGUCGAGGGGGAGCUGGGAGCUGAGGCUUCAAGGCCAAUCUUACUAUUUGCAUGAAUUGGAUCGCAUAGGGGUGGAUCUUCGGCGGAGGGGCAUAGACUGCUGGAUAUCAGCGGUGUGA